AUGAAUGUGCCAGCUGAUUUGAGCGUUUAUUUCCGUGAUAUGCCGAUACAAAGGCUAAAUGAUGUGAUGCUCAGACAACUUAAUCCACGAAAAUGUUGGAUUAUUGAAAAAACGAUCAAUAAUAUGGGAGCACUUUCUGUAGCUGCACAGGGAUUAAAACGUGUGCUCACCACGUAUGAUAAGAUAAUCAAUUCAGAGGAUGGACAGGUGCUUUAUUUGUUGUGGAGAAAGAAUCCAAAUAAUGAGAAUGCGAGUAUAAUAAUAGGUUUGUUGAAGAUCGGCUAUAGAAAUCUCUAUUUGAUGGAUCGGUCCAUGAGGUCUUUUAAAGUAGCACCAUUAUGUGUGCUUGAUUUUUACGUUCACGAUACUCUUCAACGACAAGGAUACGGACAUGCUCUCUUCGAUUAUAUGUUGCAACAGGAAAACUCAUCGGCGGGAAAUGUUGCAAUCGAUAAGCCAUCGCAAUCACUGUUGCAAUUUAUGAACAAGCAUUAUGGUUUGAAUGAUCCAAUAUGGCAAGUUACCAAUUUUGUUGUUUAUCCUUCAUUUUUUGAGAAUAUCAAACAGUGCGAUUCCUCCACUUCUAUCAAUGAACGGUAUGCAAAAUCUGCAAAAACGAAAGCUGCGAAUGAAAAUCAGCACUCUUACGGAACACUUUGUACUCGUUAUCAUGAACGAGUUGAUAACCUAACGCAGGAUAGUGUUGGAGUGGGAAGACGGGUCAUUGUCGAUCCAGAAACAGCUCAAGGAAGAAAAAUAUCUCGUGAUUUCGAACAUCAAUCGAUAUGGUGA